GAGGGUGGAAGAGAUGGAGCCAUAUUUAAGGAGGUAUCCAAAUAGGGAGGUGUUGGGACGAGAUUGGCAUCCCGGAAUUUGGCUUCGGCGUUGCGUCAUCUGGAUGUUGUGAGUGAUAAGAUUGAGAAGGAGGUGGCGGCUGGCAGGGUCGUAGGCACCUUUAUGGAGUGUCCUCUGCCGGAUUUGUGGGUUUCGCCAUUGGGUUUAGUACCAACGAAGGAGCCUAAUAAGAUCAGGCUUAUUCAUCAUUUGUCUUAUCCGGCGGGGGGAUCGGUGAACGAUGGGAUAGCUGAUGAGUUGUGCUCCGUUUCGUAUACGUCUUUUGAUGCGGCGGUACGGUGGGUACAGCGUUUCGGGCAAGGCGCCCUGCUUGCAAAAAUGGAUAUUGAGGCUGCUUUUCGGUUGUUGCCCAUCCACCCGGAUAGUUUACAUUUACUUGGUUUUCAAUGGGAGGGUUGUUUCUACGUUGAUUGUUGUUUGCCGAUGGGCUGCGCGAUUUCGUGUUCAUUGUUUGAUUCGUUUAGUUCUUUUUUAGAAUGGGUUGUAAAACAGGAGGCGGGAUGGAAUUCGGUUUUGCAUUAUCUGGACGAUUUUUUGUUUUUGGGUCCGGCCGAAUCCAGGGUGUGUGCCAUUCUGUUACAUACGAUGGAACGAGUGGGGGCGAGGUUUGGGAUCCCUUUAGCGGCGGAAAAAACGGAGGGGCCAUCUACGGUCAUUACGUUUUUGGGGAUUGAGAUUGACAGUGUGGCCAUGGAAUGUCGGCUGCCGGAAAACAAGGUGUCUGAUUUGUUGAAUGAGGUGGUCUUCCUACGGGGGGCUAAGAAGGUCCAGCUUCGGCGGGUUCAAUCGGUCUUGGGGAAAUUGAAUUUUGCUUGUCGCAUCUUGCCUAUGGGAUGGGUUUUUUGUCGGUGUUUGGCGCUAGUUACAGCAGGGGUUACUGCCCCGUUUCAUUACUUGCGGAUACCAGCUGCAGUAAAAGCUGAUUUAGCGGUGUGGGAGUCUUUUCUUUUAGAGUACAAUGGGCGAUCUAUAUGGAUGGGGGCAGCGAUUAGUAGUGCAGAUUUGGAUUUGUUUUCGGAUGCAUCGGGUUGGUGUGGAUAUGCCGUUUAUUGUCGGUGGCAAUGGAGUGCGGAGGCAUGGCCGGUGGAGUGGAAACAGGCUGAUUUUCUUAGCAACUUGGUAUUGUUGGAACUUUUCCCUAUUGUUCUGGCUACUGAGUUGUGGGGGGACUGGCUUAGGAAUCGGCGGGUGCGUUUCUACUGUGACAAUAUGGGCGUUGUAAGAGCGAUUAAUAGUCAGACAGCCAACUCCCCGCCUGUGUUGAACUUACUCAGGCAUCUAGUGUUGAGGGGUUUGAGGUUAAAUGCAUGUUUUGUUUCGGUGCAUGUCCCGGGAGUAAAUAACUCACUUGCUGAUUCCCUUUCUCGUUUUCAGUGGGAUCGCUUCCGCAGCUUGCCGCCAGGUGCCGGAGUCCAGGGGUUGCCCAGUCCCCAGUGGUUCUGGAGCGUGGCCUUGGGGUUUCAGGAGACCUGA